CGUCCUGAUCCUAGAGACAAAACCUUACCCUUGAUCGACCUCGAUGCAUCUGGCCUAGCAUGAAAGGUGCUCACAUCUCGUUUCCGGACUUUCACUGUCCUCAUCAACACACGGCCGCAUCAUCUUCGUCGUCUGCGCAAGGAGCCGAGCUCGGUCCGCCCUCGAAUCCUUCUUCAGGCUACAAUCUAUUUCCGUUGGGCUCUCUCUACUUUUGCGAUCACUGCGAUGCCAUCCGGUGUCCAUCCUGCGUGGCGGAAGAGGUGACGACGUAUUUCUGCCCAAACUGUUUGUUUGAGGUAUCGAGCGGGAGUGUCAGAACAGAAAAGACGCGAUGCGCAAGGAACUGUUUCCUGUGCCCUGUUCCAGCGUGUACAUCGGUACUUGCGGUAACGGCGACGGCAACACAGAAUGACGGCUCGGAUCCUGCAUCAAGCUACGUGCUGAACUGCCCGGCAUGCCGGUGGACUAGCUCGGAACUGGGAUCAAGAUGGUGUUUUCAGAAGCCAAGCGGGAUCGGCCACCAGGUUCUUGAUCGGGAAAAACACAACCCAGAAACGCUCGAAUUUGAUGCCUUACAAAACCACUUUGACCGGUAUUUACAUACCCUUCGAACGGCUCUUGGAAACACUCCAGGAGAAGCAACCAAAUCCGACAAACAGGCUAGCCUAGCAGCACUGGGCAAAAGACAGCCUUCGCGGAAUACCGCUGCUGCUGCGAUUGCAGCGAAACUCGCAGCUCGCAAAGUCAGCGAGUCGAGAUUCUUCACCAAGACCGAGGACAAGAUCAAGCCGAAGAAACCCAAAUUUCUACCGAUGCCGAAGAGCGAGGACCCACCAGACUACUCUACCAAGCGCAGCUGCACGGCCGAGGCUGAUCUUCGCCUGGCAGCGAUGAACGCUGAUGAGCAAGCGGAAGCCGAGCCGGAAGACGAGAUUAUCGCCCGCCUGCGAGCUUUCGAUGGGCUCGGCCAGGAUGCUUUGGAUACCCCAGUCCCUCUCACAUCUACAUGGGACAUGCCUUUCUCCCCAUCGACCUCGAUCAGCCAGUUGGUCCCGGAGAGAAUGCCUCUUCGUGCCAAAAUGUCGAAACGAUGCACGGCUUGCAAUCACACUCUCAUCCGACCUGAAUCGAAAGCUACCAGCUUGCGUUGGAAGAUCAAGACACUAGCAUCUACAUAUAUUCCAGCUAUCGAGCUGGGCAACAGACGGAAGCUGAUCGAUCGAGCUGGUGGAGAGGGUGGAUCGGUCAGCGUGCGAAGAGCGUCAGGGAUGGGUACAAGCAGAGGAUUGACAGAGGAAAGAGAAACAUUAUAUCUACCGUUGGUCAAAGAUACAACAUACGCCUAUCAAUUGGCAUUCACAAACCCCCUAUUAGAAGCGACAAAGAUCAAACUCGUAGUGAGGCAGGUGCAACCUACCUCGCAGCUCAAAAUAUCACUUCAAGACACUAGCUUUGAUCUGGGUGCCUUCUCCGAGCCAUGGGAGCUGGAAGCAGAGGCUGGUCAAGCCAAGAAUCGGACCCGGUCUGCCGUCACUACCAGGCCAGGGCGAACCGGUGUCGAAAGGAAAGGAAACGUUACGAAGGUGCCGUUCGGGGCCCAUGUUGGGAAUCAGGCCUUGGCUAGCCUUCAAUUCGAUCUCGAUGUCGACUUUACGUAUCAAGCGGACGAUGUAACCCAACCGGAAGGAGCAUCGGAAUUGCCGCCAACUCAACCAUCAGAAGAAAAGCCUGCUGCGACGAUCUGGAAGACCUUUACGUUCCGAGUACGAGUGAACCUCGGCCAAGUCGAGAGACACUUUGCGGAAGCGUAGCCAACUGUAAUGAAAAAGACUGUCCGUGAAGGAUGAUACAAGGCCAUGAUAGUCACAAUUCAAGCUUAUGCAGCGUUACGAAGCACUGCGAGGGUCGAAAGGCAAGAGAUAUGGUGUCAAUAUGCUUUUAUAAGAUACUUGCAAGGCAUCAUCAACCCACCCAAGAUCACGGAAUCUCCACGCAGAAACAUUUUACUAUAAUUGAUAAGAAGGCUUGAGCUUAAUCCUG